AUGAAUCUAUAUGUAAGCUGUUUUUUAUUGAUUUUUUUGUUUUUUCUUCAAAAACUUGCAUCCGGAAAGGGUAACGUUAUAAAAUGGAUUUAUAUUAAGAAUAAAAAAAAAUCCUUUAAUCAUGUUGUGAGGUAUUUUAUUAAAAAUGGAAAUUUUAUUGAAUUAUAUACAAUUCAUAAUGAAUUAAUUAAUUAUGAAACGGAUGAAAGUAAUAAGGAAAAUAAGAAAAAAAUGUUAAAAAGCUAUAAACAAAUUUUCAAGAAUACCUUAAAAAAGGUAAAUUUUAAAUCAUUACCAUUAUAUCUGCUUAAAAUAUUGAAUAAUUAUGAACUUCCAGAUGAAGUCAAUAAUGAUGAAAUUAAAAUGUUAGAAUUAAUAAUGGAAAAGUUAUAUUUUAAAAGUAAAACUCCAUAUAUCAAGCUAAAUAAAACAAAAAAAAGUCAUAGAAAUUUAAAAUAUUUAAACUACUCUAAACAUUUAUUUAAAGAUAUAAUAUAUAAUUUUAUUCCUAAAAAUGCUUCUUUGCAAUAUGCUAAGAAAAUCCUUUUUGAAAAUUCCUCGGAAAAAAAUGAAAAAUUUUUAAAUUAUAACUGUUCAACAGAAAAAGUUUUAAUAGAUAAAUUAAAUAAAAAGAAAGAUACUUGUAUCUAUGUAAAACAAAAUUUAAAAACUUAUUACACACAUGUGCAAUAUAAAAUUGAUGAUAAAAGUGAAAGUAUAUUUGUUAAUAUUUUUCGUCAUUAUAAAUACUUAAUCAAAAAGAGUAAUAAAAUGGAUUUAAAAAAAUAUAAAUUUAAUGAAAACUUUGGUAUAACUAAUAAUUUAUAUUUUAAAUUAAAUAAAAAAUUAGAUGAUGAUUCUUUAGGAGAGUAUAUAGAACAUUUAGAUGAUAAUUAUAAAAUAUUUGCAAAUGAUUUAGUAGAAGAAAUUUUAAAUCUAUAUUUUAAUGAAGAAAUCCAUCAAAAUGAAAAAAAAAAGUUAUCUUUAAAAAAAAAAGAAGCUUAUAAAAUACAAGGAGAAAAAGAUUUCCUUAAUCAAUAUGAAAUCAUUAAAAUUAUAUAUUCUAAAAAUGAUAAAAAAGACAUUUCAGACUCAGAAAAUGGAGAUGGCAUUAAAGAUAUUCAGAUGAAUUAUGAUAGUACUUCAUUGAAUGAAAAUGAAAAUAUUGAGAACAGUUCCAAUAAAGAUUAUAAAAAAAAACAUUAUAAUAGUAAGCUACGAAAUAUAAUAAAUAAUAACAUAAAAAAGGAAGGAAAAAAAAAUAAAUCAUUAGAUGAUGAAGAAGAAAAUGAAAAUGAAGAAGAAAAUGAAAAUGAAGAAGAAAAUGAAAAUGAAGAAGAAAAUGAAAAUGAAGAAGAAAAUGAAAAUGAAAAUGAAGAUGAAGAAAAUGAAAAUGGAGAUGAAGAUAAAGAUAAGGAUAAAGAUGAUGAUGAAAAUAAAUCAAUAAAAGUAAGUAUAGGUGAAGAAAGUGAUAAUUCAGACAAUGGUAUUUUAGAUUCCUCUAGUGUCACAAAUAACACAGAACUAAAUCAAUUAAAUGUAUUAAAAGAUAUAACUUAUCAAGUUAAAAAAGAAAAAAACAUUAGAGAUAUUGAUGAAAUAAAUGAAGAAGAUAUCCCAAGUGUUGCUCAAGAGGAAAGAAAGUUAGAUGAGUUUUAUGAAUAUGAAAAUAAGAUAUUCAAAAAUAUCCGCAAAAAAAAAAAAAAUAUUUAUGCAAUGAUUAAUGAUGACUUAGAUACGUUAUUAAAGCCAGCUCAGAGAGAAUAUAUGAAUGUUGCAAGAAAUAUAAAAAAUAAAUUAUUACAAGAAUAUGAACAAAUUAUUCAAGAAGAUAUAUUAAAUGAAUAA